GAGAAAUGUCUAACUAUUCCAUACCUAGCGGUUUUCAUGGAGUCCCUAAAUUUAUCGACUACCAAUUCUCAUUCUUCACAGUCCCCGUUUUACUGGCAUUCGUCCCAAUUUUGUAUAUUCCUGCCACUGUGGUUGUUGUUUUUCACAUCCUUUCAAAAUUUCUGACCGAAUAUUAUGAAAGAAACGUGAAUGUUCAGCUGUUUGGAGUAAUCACGUUAUCUCAUUUUAUGUCGCUCUUAUUCUUCAUCGCUGACUUCUUCUACAUUCGACUCCCUGUAACUGGUAUAUUCACUAGUUGGUGUGCCAGUGUUGAGCCAAAUGGUUAUUUGAUAAUAUUCCUUAUUAUCACAUUUUACUUGAACUACGUUACAAUGCUUUUUCCAUGUUUGGUGGCUCUGCUCAGACUAAAUUUGAUCAUUUUUCCUUCGGAUUUUCAGAAGAUAAACAUAAAAAUUCUCCGCUGGUUGCCAUUAAUUUUCCUAUAUCCGAUUCUCUUCACAGUUAUAAUGUUCCCGGGUGAUGGAUACUGUAGUCAUAUUGCAUAUCCUAUUUUUGGGUCAAUUUUGUUAAGAGCCACAGGUACAAUAUUCGGGUGGACAAAUAAUUUUCUAGUGAUGUUCAACACAUUCUUCUGGUUUUCCAUCUGUUUUGGCUUCAAUUCAGUAUUGAUAGUGAAACUCAUCAAAUUCAAGCUCUCAGUGCCUCCUUCAAUGAGAUCUCAAGCUUCACAUAGAGCUGAAAUUUCAUUAACACUGACAACUGCUUCGAUGUCUUUGUCUUAUCUCACUAACGGAUUGAUCACUGUUGUUGGUCGAAUAUUUUACGACCUAACCCUUUUCUUGAUCGUGCUUCGUCCAUUCAUGAAUGACGUGGACACUUGUGUGGUUCCAUGGGUUUUCUACUUAACUCAUCCGAUUUUCCAGAAGAAAUCUGUAAAUCGAGUGAUGGCGUCGGCUGUGGAAAGAAUGGGUUCUUGAAUUGUUCUCCUUUUUUGCAAUUUUUUUAGUAUUUCUAAUAAACAUUUUAAGACGUGA